AUGGUGCAGAUAUUCCUCACGGGCGCUACGGGCUAUAUCGGGGGAGAUGUACUCAGCGUCCUUGUCGAGGCCCAUCCAGAGUACCAUAUCACAUGCCUGGCACGCAGCACUGAGAAGGCCCUUGUCCUGACCAGUCGGUACCCCUCCCUGUCCGUGAUCUUGGGAGACCUAGACGAUUCAACCCUGCUCGCGGAGCAGGUUGCUAAGGCUGAUAUCGUAUGCCACCUGGCUAAUUGCGAGCAUCUUGGUGCUGUUCAAGCCAUUUCUAGUGGCUUGUCACAGCUGAACGCCUCCGGUUCUACCAAAGCAUUCAUUCACCUGUCCGGUGCCGACAUAUUGUGCUUUGAGGAUGUCAAUGAGUUAACAUACGGAACGAGGAGGGACAGGUUCUAUGACGAUCUGCAGGGUGUUGAUGACAUCCUUUCUCUCCCUAAUGAUGCUCCGCACCAAAACGUGGAUUCUGUGGUCAUGCAGUUGAGCUCAGAAAACGAGUUCGUCAAGACCGCCAUAGUCUGUCCCCCUGCAAUCUACGGGACUGGCCGUGGCCCGGGAAACAGGCGCAGCAUCCAGGUCCCUGAGCUCGUCUCCCACAACCUGAGGAGGAAAGCUGCCUUCAUGGUGGGGAGUGGGGAGAAUCGUUGGGCCACGGUCCACGUCCAGGACCUGUCGCAAAUCUUCCUCAAGCUCGUAGAAGACGCGGCGACCGAAGCUUGGCAGGCUACUUGGGGACGAUGUGGUUUCUACUUUGCUGGGUCGGGGCUUGUCUCGUGGGGAGAUGUCUCCAGGCAGAUCGCACAGGAGGCUGUCGCACAGGGCUUUCUGGAGCACGCCCGAGUGGAUUCCCUGACCUGGGAGGAGGCCGAUCAGGUCUGGGAGUUUUCCUCCCUGUUUCUAGGCACAAACUCCCUGUGUAUAUCCAAUAGAGCGAGACAUAUGCUAGGCUGGAUCCCACGAGGACGGCCUCUUUCCGAGGAGAUUCAUGAGCUUGUCGUACAGGAGGCCGCUGCUAUCGGUCUUUGA